GCGAUGCGGAUUCCAGCGAUAUCCCGCCUUUGUUUGGUGUGUCCGGCGUCUUCGGCGGGAGUGCUUCACCAGCUCCUACCUCGGAUCCCAAGCCGGGGCGGGGCAAGCGCCGGCGCCGCGGCGGCGGCGAGCCGGCCCCGGAGGCUGCGGAGUCCAAGGAGCCAAAGAGGAAGAGGAAGGACGCGUCCUCAAAUUCCUCAGCCCUGCCGGCAUUUCUCAAGAGCGCAAUGCUUCCUCAAGCCGACACUGGCCCAGCGCUGCCCAAGAAGAAGGAGCUGGAGAGCGUGGCCGACUACUCUCGACGGCUGGAUGACGCCGUGAAGAGCAAGCUCCAGGUCGUGCAGAAAAAGGCGAACACAGAUCACCAGCGGCAGCGGCAGAAGGAGCGAGCUAAAGUCCUCAAGGAAAAGAAGAAUGCAAAGAAGGGCCAGAAGACGAAUCCGACAGAGGUUCCAGAGCCCCUCUUGGGCCGCGUGGACCGGCCGAAGUUCGGAGACGUGGUCCAGCGACCGCCCACCUUCAGCAAGGAUGCCUUGAAGGCGGGAGCCAAAGGGAAGCUCGGCAAACAAAUGCUGUAG